CCGUCAACUAAUUGUCGUUUCUGAUAUUUAGUAGUUAUCGAUAGUUAAUUACUAUUAACAUGAAAACUUUAGCAUAUUUAUUCGCACUAAUAGUUGUAUCUUAUCAGGAAAACACGCCAAUAUUAACCAUACCAGAUGGGCAAUUAGAAGGUUCUAUUAGACAAACUGUUGAUCUGAAUAAAACUUACUAUGCCUUCAGAGGUAUUCCGUAUGCUCAGCCACCUGUUGGUAAUCUUCGUUUCUCAGAAAACGUGCCAAUAUUAACCAUACCAGAUGGGCAAUUAGAAGGUUCUAUUAGACAAACUGUUGAUCUGAAUAAAACUUACUAUGCCUUCAGAGGUAUUCCGUAUGCUCAGCCACCUGUUGGUAAUCUUCGUUUCUCAAAUCCUGUUAAAAACGAUCCUUGGGCUGGAGUAUUAGAUGCCACUAAUGAUAAAAGCAGUUGUGUUCAAGCAGGAGGCAGUGAUGUUAUUGGACAGGAGGAUUGUCUAUAUAUUAACGUGUACACCCCAAAUCUAAAUGACAGCCUCCCAGUGAUGGUGUGGUUUCACGGAGGUGGAUUCAUUGGUGGAUCUUCUUCGUACGAAAACUUUGCACCUGAUUAUUUCCUCGAACAAGGCGUCAUUUACGUGGCAUUUAACUAUCGAUUGGGUGUAUUUGGAUUUCUUAGCACAAAUGAUUCUACUGCAUCUGGAAAUUGGGGCUUAAAAGAUCAAGUGUUGGCACUCCAAUGGACAAAAGAAAAUAUUAAAUAUUUUGGUGGAGACCCAGAAAAAAUAACAAUUUUUGGACAAAGUGCAGGAGCGGCUUCUGUAUCCUACAUGCUACAAGCUCCACAAACUAAAGGACUAUACAGAGCAGCCAUUAUGCAGAGUGGACAUAGUUUAUGCCUAUGGUCAUUAACAAGAAAUGCUAGAAAUACCGCAUUUCAGCUGGGACUAUUACUUGGUGUAUCGGCAUCCGAUUCUGAUGAACUGAUUAGUCAGUUAAGAGAUGUGGAUGCUUCGAAAUUACAAGGUGCUCAAUCAAAUUUAACACUUACGAAAAUCGUAUUGGAAACAGUCUUGGCUGGUCUUGCAUUUGGUCCAGUAACUGAGCUAGAAUCAAAUGAUUCUGUAGUAACAGGCAAAUCUCAUGAACAAAUAUCUAACGGGACAUUUCAACAGGUUCCUAUACUGAUGGGUUUUAAUUCCAAAGAGGCCGUUUUGCUAGACAAUUUCGUAGACUUUGCCAGACAAAUGUAUUAUAUUUAUGAUAUAGCCGCUUAUAGAAUAGCACCUUAUGAUUUAACCACCAGUAUAACAGACAGAUAUUUUGUUGGACAACAAAUUAAAAAUUACUAUAGCUAUAACAGCAGCUUAACAAAUUACCCAGAAGCAUUUACUAACAUUUUUUCAAUUGACCAAUUUAAUAGACCAAUUAGGGAGGCAGUACAGCAAUUUCUUAAUUACGUUGAAGUUUACUUUUAUGAAUUUUCCUACGAGGGCGAAUUAGGAUAUCCAGACAGACAAUAUCCAGGCAAAGGUGUUGGACAUGCAGAAGACCUACAUUACUUUUUUGUUUCGAAUAAUUCUGCCACGGAUGAUGAUCUUGAAGUGAGAAGAAAAUUGGUGUUAAUGUGGACAAAUUUUGCCAAGUAUCUAAAUCCAACACCCGAUGAAUCAGUGGAUAAACUAGAUGGCGUAGUUUGGCCAGCAAACAGCCCAGACACCAAUAUUACUCAAGGAAUCCAAUAUUUAGAUAUCAACAAACUAUUAUCUGCAAGAUUGAAUCCAGAUCAAAGCAACUGGAACUUUUAUAAAGAAUUUUAUGACCAAUAUGGAAUGCCGCCAUACGAUACGUACUAAUGUAAAUAUUUAAUUUUAAUAUAUAUUUAUUUUAAAAAAUA